CUAAAUUAGAUCAUUUGUAAAUUUGAUAUAUAAAAAAAUAACUACACUCGACACUCAAGAUGAAAACUAUAUUUUUCGCAAUCUUUAUGGUCAUCGUCGUGGCUGCCGUAGCUGAUCCCAUUGCUUUACCUCAAUGUGGUGAAAACGAGAUACGCGGAUGUGAAUCCUGCUGUCCUGAAUUAGAAGUCACUUGCCAAAACAAGAUACCUCAGCUAUGUCUCAAACCUUGUCCAAUGAUUUGUAAAUUUAAAUGUGUUUGUACUCUAGGAUACCUUAGAGACACCAACACAGGAAAAUGUGUAAAAGAUUGUUAAUCAGUUAUUCUUAUAAACUAUAUAAAUGAAUAAUAUUGCAUACUCCAAUUGUAAAAAUGUUUCGAUCGAAAAAUAAAUAAUUCUAAUUAA